AUGAAAGACCCAUUCCCUGCCCUACCCUUCGAGGAUAAUGCGGUGUCUCAAUCGAUCCAGAAUUUAGAUUUUCAAUUGGAACAGGUGGACAUGGAGGGGCCGCUAUCGACGGUCGGCCAGUUUGGCUCACUUCCGUCCCAGCCAAAUGAGUCUCUUCACCACCAGCACCAUCACUCACCGAUUGCACAAUUAAUCACGCCGCCGAUUGAUGACGCAAGCAGAAAAGCUGGUCCGCCAUCAAAUAAUGAGCCCUCCGUACCCGCGACAGACAACAAUGCUUCCAUCGACGUUGAGCGACCACUGUCUUUGCUGCAACCAUCGCGAAGCCUGCCGAUCAUUGAUGAACUAGCUCGUCAGCAGCUACUCGAUCUCAUUGACAUUGUACAGCCUACUGUACCAGACGGCAGUAUAGUCAUGCGAGACCACCCGCUGCUCUCGUUAUCAUGCUUGCAAACCUACUGCGAUCUGUUCUUCACGCGUUUCAACACCACAUAUCCGUUGAUACACAUGUCUACUUUUGACCCAUCAGAAGUCGACACACUUCUCCUUGUAUCAGUCUUGCUGUUAGGCGCAACGUAUGGAGAGAAAGACGCACACCAGCUCGCAGUAUGCAUCCACGACGUGCUGCGGCCACAGAUCUUUGCCAAUGCCGGCUUUUCAGCGAAGCCAGAUCUCUGGGUCCUUCAAACUAUCCUAUUGGUCGAGUGUUUCGGUAAAAGCAGAGCUGGACAAAAGCAACACGACAUGUCGCAUCUCUUCCACGGCUUACUCAUCAACCUCAUUCGGCGGAGCGAUUGCCAAAGUAUCCGGCCACCAACACCGGAAGAAGCCACGGAUGAUCUUGAAGAUGACUGGCGGACAUGGUGCGAAGCAGAGCAAAAGAAGAGGCUGGCGUUCCUAUGCUUCAUGUGGGAUACGCAACACGCAGUGCUUUUUUGCCAGUCGCUCUGCAUGUCCGCUUUUGAACUCCGUUCCAACAUGCCAUGCGAUCAGUCCAUCUGGGAGGCCGACUCAGCCGAGACAUGGCAUCAGUUGCGACAGAAGCAGCCAACGACCCCAUUGUUCCUAUCGUGUCUGAAGAUGUAUCUUCACCCCGAUGCUGCGACUAUCCCCAAGAACCUGAAUGCGUUGUCGCGGUCGUUGCUUCUACAUGGCCUAAUGUCUGUAGCAUGGGAUAUGCAACGGCGCGACCAGACGUCGCUGGGCGUCAUUGAGUCAAACCCACUCGGCAAUUGGCAAGCUCGUCUCGCGGCCUCAUAUUCCGCGUGGCACGCAGACUACACUGCUUUCUGCGCCGCAUACCUUUCGUCGCUUCCAUCAUCCACACCCUUCCUCGCUAGAGAGUUCCACGUCUGCCGCACCGCCACACUAGCGCUUUACCACUCCGCGCACAUUCUCCUUCAUACACCCUUCCUGGACCUCCAAAUCUACGCUGGCUCACGGCAUAUCCUUGGCCGCCCAGUCGCGCGCCAUGACUACGCACGCUCUCAGCGUGUAAUCAAGAAAUGGGUAGCAGAGAACACAGAAGAAGCCGGGAAAGCAGUCUGGCACGCCGCCGCUCUCGUCAGCGAAGGCGUGGAAGUUCUUGACGGCGACCUGAGCUGUUCAGACAUUAGUGGAGGGAGACUUUGGCACCACCCUUGGGCCGUGUACCUUGGUACGUUGGUGGUAUGGGGCGUAUGGUAUGCUCGGCCAACUCCACCACCACCGUCUGGAGAUCAAUUACCGCAUCAUCUUCAGCAUCUAGACGACGAGGAUGAGAUCAUCUGGGAUCCUGCUGCGGAAAUGAAGAUAUUGCUUGGCGCUAUUCUCGUAGCUCAACCUGAGAAGCUGCUUGAAACUGGCAGUGAAGGCGUUUUCGCUGGCGGUAUGGGGAAGAGGGGGACGAAUGGGCUUGCAGCCGUCGUGAGCAGGUGUUUGAGUAAGGUGCGGUGGGCUGUCGUGCAUGAUGGUAUGAUGGUUCUUAGAGGGCUUGUACAGUGGCGUUUAGUUGGCGGUAGUGGUGGCCUAUGA